UCGCGGAUGUAGCUGCAAUCAUGAAGAUGACAGAGGAAAACAGUGCUGGAAAGUCCGAAAUGAAAAUGGAUGAUAUAAAAAACAUGGUGAAACAGAAAGAUGACAUUGAACAACAGAUAAAGGCUUAUUACGGUGUUUUGGAAGACCAAGGCGUCGGGGUGGAAGGGGUCCUGGUGGACGCAGAGGGCUUCCCCCGAGCAGAUGUUAAUGUUUACCAGAUCAGGACAGCAAGAAACAGUAUCUCAUGCCUACAGAACGACCACAAAGCCAUCAUGGAGGAGAUAGAAGAAGCUCUACACAAGCUGCAUGCUCGGGAGAAGGCCAAGCGGGGAACGGAUGAGCCUGGAGCCCGGGGGGAGCCGAUGGAGCUGAUGGAGCCGAUGGAGCCGAUGGAGCAACAGGUCACUCUGCCCCCUCCCUUUGCACGGGUGGAUGCUGUGACACAAGCUUCGCCCGCCUGUGGAGCUGGUCUCAGGGUUGGUGACGAAGUCAUCGAGUUUGGUUCUGUGAACACAGAAAACUUUCAGAACCUCCAGAAUAUCGCUUCUGUGGUUCAACACAGUGAAGGUAAACCACUUCGUGUCACGGUCAUCCGGGAUGGCCAGAAAGCUCAGAUGAGCCUGACUCCACAGCGAUGGUCAGGCAGAGGUCUGCUGGGAUGCAACAUUGUUCCAAUCCAUCAAUGAUCAGCCGGACAUUAUGCAGAAUUUAAAUUGUGAACCUCUUCCUCGCCCCUGAAGGAUACGCGCUUUGUACACACUGGAGACAUUUUCACCGGUUUCAUUUUUUUUAUAUCUUAUCCAACUGGUAGUAUUUUUUUUAUACAAGGGCAGUCUUCAGAAUGGUAUGGAUGAAGAUAAAGUGUCACAGUACUUUGAAGAGGCCAUGCUGAAUGUAUUGUAUACUAGCUGAACAAUUAAUUACAUUAAACUACUCUGAAUCAAAUCUUGCAUAUUCUGACAAUUAAAUGUUGGCAUUAAGAGUUAA